GCAUUGCAAAAAUGCCGGCUAGGAGUGAGAUGCAGCUUGAAAAAUUAAUUGAUGAAGCUACAGUAAAAAAGGAUUUCCAAUCCUUAGAACAAUUUCUGGCCACAGAAGAAUGUGAAAAUGUCUCUCACAAAUGCAGCAGACAGUUUGUCAACAAAUUGGACAAGCUUCUGUGUUGGGCAUUUGACAAACAAGAAGUCAAAAGCAUUUCUACUUUACUAAAUGCUGUUCAGAAAUGUGGGAGAAAAAUGACCAUAGCAGGAGAAGAUGGGCUCCAAGCAAUGAUAAAACACGGUCUUGUUGGAAGGAUGGUCAAUUGGUUUGAAAAGUUAAAAGCAAUUUUGGUCCUCAGAGGAAAUGAAAAGAAUGAAAUGGUUACAAAUCUGGCUGAAGAUUUCUUCAUCAUGUUGCUGAUUCUAUGUGAUAGCAGACCUGAAGGUAAAAUGCAAAUACUAGAAAACUUUGUUCUGAGAACAUGUUCCCUCAUUACUGAUGCAAGAAUUAAUAUUUAUGUUCAGCAGGAGGUAAUAAAAAAACUGAAUUUAUUGCUUGACAAGAUCCCUCGAGAUGGCAGGAAAAAGAUACUUUCUACAAAGGAGAUGUUAUUUGUCAUGAGUGAAAUGGGGAGGACAAUUUUGGAUGCCGGAGACUAUGACACACAAGUGGCCAUCACAGAAGCUCUGUGCAGAAUGGUGUCAGAGAAGCAGAGGAGAGUUCUGGCCUCCAUGUGGUUUCCCAUGGAGUUUGUGUCCACUGCAUUUAAAGGAAUUAAAGAUUCGGAGUUUGAGACAGAUUGCAGAAAAUUUCUUAACCAGGUGAAUGGCAUGCUUGGAGACAAAAGAAGGGUUUUUACAUUCCCAUGUUUAUCAGCAGCUCUUGAUGAGUGUGAGCUCCAGAUACCAUUGGAUGAAAACCUGGAAGAGUUUUGGAUUGAUUUCAACGUUGGCAGCAAAAGCAUUUCCUUCUAUGUAGCAGCAGAGGAUGCAGAUCAGCAGUGGGAAACAGUCGUUAUACAAGAAGAAGAUGUCAACAUGUACAGCCUGGAAGAAAAAGAGUCAAAGAAAUUAUUAACAAUAGAUCUAAAAAGCCCAAUGAGUGUGGGUACUCGUGAAGGAGAGAAAUUUCUUUUAUGUUUUGAUUCUAUCUUGGAAAUCAAAGAUGUGAUCAUAAAGAUUUAUGGAUUUCAUAAAUGUAAGGAUUUCAGCAAGAAGCAAUCUGCAUCAGUAGCCAAAACAACUGUCCACAUUGUCUUUGAUGAAAGUGGGUCACAGGUUCUGGUACCGGAAAGUCAGUUGUCACCAGGUUUCAAAGAAAAACCUGGAGAGGAGGAGGAGAAACUCAGUAAAUGCAAAACUCAGCAAUCUCCUGGAAGUUUGAGGACUCAGAAUAAACAUAACAGUCAAGAAAAACUCAGAGGUGAUUCCUCCAAGAUAACUCCACCCCGUAAAAGGAAAGUGUCUGAAGCAUCUGUGCUUGUUUCUGGAUCUGCAAGUGUGUCCACAAGGAGUUCACUGAUUUUUGCCAGCACAUCCACUCCUUUUAAAGGGAGAAUUAAAUUGCCUUUGGAAAUGACCAGCUCUACUAAGAGGUCUGACAAUGAUACAAUAAAUGAGAGCAGAACAAAGAAUUUCUAUCAGGAACCUCCUGGACAAAUACAUUCUGAAGAAGUCAUAAAAAGUGUACAAGAGGCCACAAAAAAGCAAACUUUAGAUGAAAUGUUUGAUAUUGUUCCUGAUUCUCAGCCAGUUGGGAAAAGCAACAAACCUUUGCUGCCUGGGCUUUCGGAGACUUCUUUUGAUAAAACUGAAACAUGGAAAAAAAGAACAUUCCCUCUUGCUGAGAAGAAUUUAACAACUGGGGACAAGCAAAAGCCAAAUCUAUCACUGGCACAUUCAUCCCAUCCAGCCAGAGUGUCUGACACAACUUUUCAUUCUGACCUUGCACAAGAGGACCCUGAUGUUCUCCUCAGAAAAGAGACUGCAAAUCCAAAACAGUCAAAGACAAAACCAAAGUCUAAAGAAAUGGCAGAUGCAGCCAAAUCACUGAUCAGUAAAAUCAGUGACAGAUACAGAGAGAAAAGUGAUGAGAAGAGCAAAGCAAGAGAUUCCCUGGGCUUUAACAGGACACAUUUAAAUAAAUCCUGGAUCUCCAAGGAAGAAGUUCGGGACAGGACCCUAAAAACUGCUUCUUUUCUUAAUAUAACAUCUGGUCAUGUUCUGAAUGAUGUCUACAACUUUAACAUCAGCGGGUUUGAUGAGCCUACAAUCAAGCUUGGAGUCCAAGAAUUGUGUGUGACUGAACUGAGUGUUCAUACAGAGACAAACAAAAGAGGGAACACAACCAUCAAUAAAUCCAGCACAGAAGGGAAGGGAGGAAAAAAGACAAGAAACAAUCGAGACAAGAAGCAUCUGUUUAGUGACUCAGACACAGAAAACAGAGGGGAUGACAGCAAGACAGAGAUUAGUUGGCUGCAGGAAUCCAAGAGGAAACCUAAAGCCCAGAUCAUUGAUUACAGUAGAAGUAAAAAAUCAGGGAAACCAAUGAGCACAAACAAAACAGCAAAAAAAUCCUUGGAACCUGCUUUCCACAUGGAAAAAGCUAAAGGCAAAAAUGCAAAUAAGAAAAAGACAAACAAAUGUAAACCCCAGAAUUCAAAAACAGAUGAAAUGAUAGUAAAAUCCACCAGAGAAAAACUCCCUCGAAGAGCAGCAGCAACAAAAAAUUACAAAGAGCCUUCCAGUUCUGAGUCUGAGAGUGAAGUCAGGAUUCCAGCAUGCACCUCCAAGGAGGAGAAAUCCAAAAUACAGAAAUAUAUGAAUGGGCCAAACAAGGAUUGCAAGCAGCCAAAGGUACAGCACAUUGUACCUGUGGAGCCAAAGAGAGUGGAUAGCUAUGUGCAGAAAGCACUGGCUGAAUCCAGGAACUCUGCAGAGCAGAAGGAACUGGAAAUGCCUUCAGCUGAGAGCCCUGCCUCCCUUGAGACAAUGAGAUGUUCUGAGGGAGCGUCAGGAGAUGCCAGUCCAGAGCCCAGCUCCAGUGAGAGGUCACUUGGUCUACAGGAGUCAGCAGCAGAAGACAGGGAGAUGCUGAACUCUGAGAAAGGAACCUCUCCCAGUAAUUUCUGUGCAAAAAACAAGAGUAUGCAAAGUCUGGGUGUAACUGAGUCCCCUGAGACAGCAGUUACAAAGUUGACAUUUGGAAGGAAAAGCUUCUCACCAGUUUUAACUGAAGCAUCUUUGCUCAGCUUAACCACAUAUAAAACUGUCAGUGGCAAAAAUUCCAAGGGAGCUGCAGCAGACACCUGUAAUAAUAAUGAAGAUUCAAGUUUCCAGCGUUGCUUUUCAGACACAUUUUCUGUUAAAGGAAAGCUUCAGGAUAUCACUAAACCUAUCCCCACAAAUAAGGAAGAGCUCAGCCUAACAGCAUAUAAAGCUGACAGUGGAAAACAUGCAAGGGGAGCUGUGCUGGAAACAGGGAAUAAUGAGGAUUCAAGUCCCCAGUCUUGCUUUUCAGACACACUUUGUGCUAAAGGCAAACUCCAGGAUCCCACCAAACCUCUCACUAAGAGUAAAGAGGAUUGUAUAGCACCAUCCCCAUUGUCUGUUUCCAGCAGGAGUAGAGUACAGUCCUGGAUUAGAGAACCUUAUUCCCCCAUGAAUGAGUCAGGACCAACAUUCCUCAAACGAACUUAUCACAGUGCAACAGAAGGCAGCUCUGAUGAGGCAGAAACAAGCAAAGAGGAGGAAAAGAAAGGAAGGAGAAGAAUAACUUUACAGCCCAGAAAAUUAUUUAAACAAGGUGAUGCUGCUACUUGCAGAGUGUCUGAAAGUGUCUCCACUCAAUCUGUAAAUGACCUGUCUGGUUUGGAAUUCUGGAAGCCUGAUUGCUCAACCAUCAGCAUUUGUCAGCAGCUUCAGAAAGAAUUUACCAAGAAAAUUGAGAACCGCUCCCGGAAAAUGGAUAAUUUUAAUAAGCAAACACUGAGAGCUACCCAUCAGCAUUUGUCAACAAUGAGUUACCAAUUCCAUGAAUUCAGGAUCAGGCAGCUGGAGAAAUUUCAUUUUACUCUCACUGAGGAGCUUGAGAAAUUUGAAAAGGACUCUCAGUCCCUGAAAAUCAUGGAAAAAGAAUUCUCGACCUUUUGGAAAAAGCAUUCCCACACUUUUAGUACGUACAGGAAAAAUGAGCAGCAGAGAAUUCAGAGUCUUAAAACUUCAUUUGAAAAGAAUAUCUACCAUUCUGUUGGAAGUGAAGAAAAUGUUUUUACUUCAGAGAUGCAUCUGAUGAAAGAAGACAUAAAAGGACUCCAAGAGAAAUUUCUAAAGGAAAUGCAAGAAGAGGAGCUGUGUAACGUUCGCAGGGGAUUGCAAACCUUGUUUCAAUCAAAGGCAGAAUUCUGAAGUGAUUUUUCAGAUUCCUUCCUGAAAUUCAAGGUGAAUAUAAACACUUUUGUAAUGGAAAAUUUGGUAACUUUUUCUCUUUUUUUGUUAUACUCAAGGACACUACUGUAAUGAAAGCAUAUUUUCUUUAAUAAUACUAAAAUCUGUGUGGAUAAGACUUACCCACUCACCUGUGAGAUUUGCAAAUAUUUUUUUGAGUCUGCUAAAAUGUAAUAUUCCAUUUUAUUUUUAGCACAUGCUAGUUUUUAACAAGUCUUUAUAUAGGUUACUUAAUUCACUUUCAGAGAAAUCACUUUGAAUUUCACUUUGAAUCUGUGUUUUGUGUCUGAUCCAGAAUACAAGACAGGAAUUAUUUUGGGACCAAACCACCUGGUUUGAUCUCAGUCCUCUUAGUCUGUGGUGUUAGACUUCAGCAGGAUUUUCUGAGAGAACACUCUCAACACUUGUGUUGGAACUGUGUUGCAAAGAGUUCUAUUAAACAAGUCAAGAAAAACAGAUGCACUCUGUUGGGUUUUUUUCUCAAUGCCAUGGUUGUUUUACUUUGAAUCAGUAAGAAGUCAUAUAAAGCUGCUCUGCAAAUAUUUUGGAUAAGAAUUUUAAAGCCACAAGGCUGUGUUGUCUCUCUGGAAAUAAUUAUACUGAAAUUUCUAGUAAAUAAUUUGGUCCACUCAUCCCAUUUACAUCCGUGUAUGAAUGUUUUCUGAGCUUCUGGUUUUGUGUGGUUUGGGUUUUUUUGAACCUGUGCUCGCUGUGAUCUCCACUAGAUGGACUCCAAGAGAUGUUAAACUUUUCUUUCCACUGCUCUGAAUUUCAUCUGAAUGAAGCAGGACUUGUCUCUAAACAAUACAAGGUUUUAAAAGUACACUGCAAGGCCCAAAUUCUUUGAUACAGUGAGGCCAUGUGGGAAAAAUAAUACUCCAGCCUUGUUUUUAGUUAUUGACAGGAGUUGUGCACUGCAGGGCUGUUUCCCUUUCCCAUUGGGAGUAAGAACAGCCUCCCUGAGCCGAACAUGCCCUCUCAGGUGUGAUCUCAAAUUCCAGCACAAUCCAUAGCCCAGGGAAUGUGCAGACACCUCCACAGCCCCCCCAGCAGCAGGCAGGCAGUGCUGAGUGCCAGGGCUCAGUGGCUCAGGAAUUGUCACUGCUUGUGCCUCCCCAAGAGCGGAGCAGAGGCCAGGCUGGCUGAGGAAGGAUCAGAGGUGCAGAGGACGGAGCCACUCAGAGCUACCCCAGGCUUCAGGGGCAGUGUUUGGCAUUUAAAAACUGAUCUAAGUUACCCUCACUAUAUUUUUAUUAUGUUUUUCAACAUGAUUUUAAUGUGUUUUGUAUCAUAUUUAUUGCCAGUUGAAGAGUGCAUCCCUGCUAAACAGGACAUACUGUACAUGGGUUAUUAGCCAAGUUUAAUUUGUAGUUAACAGUAGCUCAUCUCAAACUGAAAAUGCUUCUUCUGCUGAAGAAACUUUUCUCUCUUUUCUGUUUAGCCUUUCUGUAUAUUGCACCUGGACUAUCAUUAUAUUGUUGUUAAGAAUUAAUCCUAUAUCAUUAAUAAUAAAAUGAUAGCUAUAUAUAUGUUAAAAGGCUAGUUAUGAUGUUACAUAUUUCUGUGAAAAGCCAGCAAGUUAAAAAAUUACAAUAAAGAGGAAAAAACACAUCUUUGGAUCAAGUGAUGGGGUCAUUCAAGUCUUCAGCUGAUAGUGAAGUAAGACAAACAUUAAAAAUGUUGCACUGACACAGACUUUGUGUUGCACUGUGUGUCCUUACCUUCCAUUCCUGCCUGACGGUUUCUCCAGGAACAGCUCCAGUUCCUGUGAUUCCAUCCCCACCUGGGACAGAGCUGACACUCUGUGUGGGGGCUGUUCCCCACCUCACAGCAAUUCAGUAGUAGUCUAUACAAGCACUUUGACAAGACUGCAUUUUAUUAUUUUCACACUUCAUGGAGAUCAUCUAAAUGAAGCUACAGGACCAAGAAUGCCUUUUUCAAGUUUUUAACAUUGAAUGACUCCCUGGAAUGGCAGCACUUCAGAGUCUUGCAGAGAAAUGUUUGUCUUGUGAGUGGAUUCACGAUUUUGUUCUGUCUCAUCACAUGUGAUUCCCAGCUAUCACUGUGUUAUUUUUCUCACAAGUAUUUUUUUUAGUAGUAUUGAGUAAAUCCUCAGGUGCUUCUCCAUGUCAGGCGUUAUUAAAAUGUCUGGCUUUACAUUUUUCUCAACCAGUUCCAUUUGCUUUGUUAUUAGCAUUUAGUAAAUUUUUUCUUCUUACUGUCAAGAAAGCAUUAAAACCAUGUGUUUGCUAAACAUCAAAGUACAUUGUUACAUUUCUGCCUCUGGUUGUCCAAUUUAGUAAUUUGGAAUAACAGUGAACCAAAUUGUCGUUUUUAGAGGGUCAGAGCCUUGGUGCAGAGUGACAGCCAGCUUAUGCUUUUCCACCAGAUGGAAAACCUUAGUUGAGAUCAUCCUUUUGCAGACCCUGUGUUGAUGAAGUCAAAUGGUUUGGUGCAUAAUAAUUCUAAUCUCUUCCCAAUUACCCCUGGGAAAAAAACCAAGAAACUUUAGGAAACAUGUUCAUUUCCUGCAAUAA